AUGGCGGACAACGAGCGGAUCGAAGUCGGCAAAUCUGCUAAUGGGAGCCCUCACGAUGUCGACAAGGGCCACGUCGACGACCACAUGCCAGUCAUCACGUUUCGAGCAUUUAUCAUGUGCGUGUUGGUGUCCAUGGGAGGAAUAAUCUUUGGCUACGACACUGGUUCGAUCGCCGGCUAUCUACAAAUGCCCGACUUCCAGUCACGAUUUGCCAACCGCACCCCGAGUGGAGGGUAUGAGUGGCCGCCUGCUCUAUCAGGAAUACUCGUUGGUGGUUGGCCGAUAGGAGCGUGUAUCGGCGCCCUCGCUGCUGCAAAGCCGGCAGAUACUUAUGGCCGGAAGUGGUAUGUAUAUAGGCGAAAGCUCUCCCACCUUGAUCCGAGGAGCUCUUGUUAG